UUUUUUAAAAGGUUUUGGAGGGGUAUUUUGGUAUUUUUCCUUCACCCCAUUACUCCAUAAAUACUGAAUUCAACCUUCAUUUCUCCAAAAUAUACUCUUUUCUCUCAAAUCCUCUCAAGAACCAAACCCUAGGGCCUCAACCUAAAAUUCAACAUCCCUCAAAAUUUCACCGUUAAAUUCCAAAAUUGAUUCAAGAAUUAGAAUCCCCAAACUAAGAUCUUCAAGAAUCAUCCAUCAAAAGCACAAAUAGAGUCCCAAAAGCAAGUGUUCAUCCAAAGUUCAUAAUCUAAGGUUCAGAGGCUCAAUCUAGGGGUUCGGCUAAGCAGCAGAGUAUUUCAGAGAGAAAUGAUCUGUGCAGUGGUGAGCCUUCUUUAUUCCAAAAGGCCUGUUUAUUUUAGAUUAUGUCAUUCCAUUUGUUUUGGUCUACUGGGGUCUUGUCCCAAUUUUCAGACAGUUGUCACUUGAUUAUCUAGUAGAUAUUUUGCAGACUGUUUCAGAUGUUGUUUAGUUGAAAUUUUGGAUUUCAUUCCUUAUUGUUAGACUGAACCCAGAGUUUUGAUCAUGUUUCCGUAUUGAAUUAUGUUUUCGCAUCUUCUUUUAUUAUAUGAAUGUUGUGCAUGAUUACCAGAUGGAGUAGGACGUUCGGGCGACCUUCAUGGUUCGGGAUGUCCGUCACGGCCAGACCCUAGUUCGGGUCGUGACACUAGGAAAGGGCUAAACCCUAAGGAUAUAUCAUAAGUAGCCAUACCGUGCAUUUUUGCAAGAGGUUGUUUCCACAACUCGAACUAGUAACUUUCUGGUCUUUUGACAACAACUUCACCGGUUACACCAAUGAGUUGGUUUAAUUCCUCAGUUCUAUCAGCAUUCGACAUUAGUGUUUGAAGCAACUAAAUAACAAGAUUUGUUCCUGUUCACUGGUUGGUCAGAGAUGUGUUCAUAACAUAAGAGCUAGAUAAUAUAAUCCGCCAUCAGCAUGAUAUAAGUGAGUGAUAAAAGGGCAUUUUCUUAUGAAUAAAAUAUUUUUUUAAUGAAUUAUUCAUUUCAUCAUAUAGAAAGUAAUUCAUUCGACAAGACUAUUUAGGAAGGCUCUCAUUGCUCCACUAUAGUAUUACUUAGUAAGUGUGGCACUACUCUUCACCACGCAAUUCUACAGUAUCUAUGAAAGCGAGACUAUUUGCAAAAGAAGAUUUUUUUUCCACAAAAAAUGAAGGCAGACUUGGUUGGCUUGCCAAGUCUUUGGCUGAAUAGAGGACUUUUCUGCCACCACAUUUAUAAUUCUGAUUGAGAUGUGAAAUACUUGGUUGAUUUGGUGGUAUCAGAAAUUGAUAUGACUAAAAGGGAGACUUCAUUGCUAUUUAAAUUCUCAAAACCACAUGUUAUAGAGUAUACCUACUAAUUUUGCAAUAAUGGAGAAAGCCUUCACAUUUUUUCUGUUAACACUGUUCUUGCAUAUGGCUAGUUCAGUCAUGACCCAAACAAACAUUACUACAGAUCAAUUAGCUCUUCUGUCUUUAAAAUCCCAAAUCAUUUCCGACCCCUUUCACUUCUUAGAUAAAAGUUGGUCUCCCGCUAUUUUUGUUUGUCAUUGGGUAGGAGUCACUUGUGGUUCUCGUCACCGACGAGUGAUGUCCUUGAAUCUUUCUAACAUGGCACUUACAGGCAAGAUUCCCCGUGAGUUUGGAAACCUCUCAUUUCUUGUUUCACUUGACUUGGGAAGCAAUAAUUUCCAGGGAAAUUUGCCUCAAGAAAUGACAAGCUUGCGUCGGCUGAAGUUUCUUGAUUUAAGUUUCAACAACUUCAGAGGGGAGGUUCCCUCUUGGUUUGGGUUAUUACACCAACUUCAAUUUCUAAAUCUUGGGAAUAAUAGUUUCACUGGUUCCAUCCCUUCUUCAUUUUCUAAUAUUUCCAAACUUGAGACUUUGAAUAUGAAAUUCAAUUCCAUAGAGGGUCAAAUCCCAAAAGGGAUUGGAAGUCUUAUAAACCUUAGAGUAUUAAACUUGAAGAGUAACAAGCUCGUAGGAUUUAUUCCUAUGUCACUCUCGCAUGUCUCAAGGUUGGAGAUUUUGGAGAUAUCUUAUAAUUCACUUCAAGGAAACAUUCCAGAAGGUAUCGGCAAUCUUCACAACAUGAAAGUGCUAUCCUUACAAGUUAAUCAACUUACGGGUUCCAUACCAUUCACAGUUUUCAAUAUUUCUAGAAUUGAAAAUAUAGCAUUUACAGAGAAUAGCUUAUCAGGAAGUCUUCCCAAUGGUUUAUGCAAUGGUCUCCCAAUACUCAAAGGGCUUUAUCUAUCCACUAACAAGCUUCAUGGUCAUAUGCCUGCAAGAUUGUCAAAUUGUUCACAACUUCAACUAUUGUCUUUAUCAGAAAAUGAUUUAACAGGUGAAAUACCCAAAGAGAUAAGAAAUCUCAUUGAGUUAGAGAAGCUUAGUCUUGGGAUUAAUAGUUUUAGUGGUUCGCUUGAUAUGGAGAUCUUCAACAUAUCAGGGCUGACAGAAAUUGAUCUUUCAUCCAACAAUCUAUCAGGAAGCCUCCCACCAAACAUGUGUUCUACCUUACCCAACAUUGAAAGACUUUAUAUGGGCAACUUAACCAAUCUUGUUGGGACUAUUCCUCAUUCCAUCUCCAAUUGUUCAAAACUUAGUAUUCUAGAGCUUGACAGCAACAAACUCGCUGGCUUGAUUCCUAAUUUUCUUGGAUAUUUGACUCAUCUACAAAUCCUAAACUUGGGGACAAACAAUUUAACCAGCGACUCAUUGUUAAGCUUUCUGACUUCCUUAACCAAUUGCAGAAAUUUAACAUAUCUUGAUAUAUCUUUCAACCCUCUAAAUGACAAGCUUCCGGCCUCCACAGGAAACCUUUCCACGUCUCUUAGAACAUUUUUCGCCAUGAGUUGUAAAAUCCAAGGGCGAAUUCCAGAUGAAGUUGGGAACUUAAGCAGCUUAUUAGACCUUAGACUUUCUGGAAACAACAUGGUUGGAUCGAUUCCCACAUCAAUUGGCAAGUUGAGAGAUCUGCAGGGCUUGUUCUUGAGUAAUAACAAACUUUAAGGAUCUAUCGGUGAUAAGCUAUGUAAAUUGCAGUGCUUGGAUGUCAUCGACUUGACUCAAAAUCAAUUUUCAGGUUCUCUUCCUAAUUGUUUAGGGAAUAAUACUUCCCUUAGGGAGAUACAUCUCAGUUCCAAUAAAUUGAGUUCGAGAAUACAACCAAGCUUAGGGAACCUUCAAGAUCUAGUGCUUCUUGACUUAUCGUCAAACAACAUGGUAGGUACUUUACCUCCAGAAAUCGGAAAAUUAAAGGCUGCAAUACUAAUAGAUCUGUCAAUGAAUCAAUUCUCAAACGGAAUUCCCAGUGAAAUUGGAGGGUUGCAAAUGCUGGUGCACCUUUCUUUGAGACACAACAAGUUGCAAGGAUCUAUACCUGACUCAAUGAGCAGAAUGGUAGGUUUGGAAUUCCUAGACCUUUCUCACAAUAAUAUAUCAGGAAUCAUUCCUAUGUCUUUGGAGAAACUUCAAAACCUGAAAUAUUUCAAUGUUUCUGUCAACAAAUUGAAUGGAGAAAUACCCUCGGGAGGUCCUUUCAAGAACCUCUCGAGUCAGUUUUUCAUCAACAAUGAAGCAUUGUGUGGUUCUUCAAGAUUUAGUGUCCCGCCAUGCCCAACUUCAUCAAAGCACAGAUCAAAUAGGAAAAAAUUGCUAGUUCUUUUUCUUUUUCUGGGAAUUGCACUAGUAGUUGUUCCUAGCCCCUUUAUUUUCUUCUUGAUAAGGUAUAGAAAAGGUAAAAGAGUUCUUCAACAAACUGAUUCAUUGUCUGCCAUAACAAGAGAAAGAAUUUCAUACUAUGAAUUGAUCCAAGCAACAGAUGCGCUUAGCGAGAGUAAUCUGAUUGGUUCUGGAAGUUUUGGCUCUGUUUACAUAGGUGUUCUCAGAAGUGGAACUACCAUUGCUGUUAAAGUGUUCAAUCUGCAACUAGAUGCGGCAUUCAAGAGCUUUGAUACGGAAUGUGAAGUUCUGCGCAGCCUUCGCCACAGGAAUCUCGUAAAAGUCAUUACUAGUUGUUCCAAACUUGAUUUUAAGGCUUUAGUGCUGGAGUAUAUGCCAAAUGGAAGUCUUGAGAAAUAUUUGUAUUCACACAACUACUUCCUCGACAUUAGGCAGAGACUAAGCAUAAUGAUAGAUGUGGCAUGUGCAUUGGAAUAUCUCCAUCAUGGGUGUUCGUUGGCUGUUAUUCACUGUGAUCUAAAGCCUAGUAAUGUCUUGCUGGAUGAAUAUAUGGUUGCCCACCUCAGUGACUUUGGCAUUUCAAAACUGCUUGGUGAAGAUCAGGGUGAUUUGUACACUAAAACCUUAGCAACACUGGGGUAUAUUGCACCAGAGUAUGGACUGGAUGGACUAGUAUCAACAAAGUGUGACGUCUAUAGUUAUGGGGUCAUGUUGCUGGAAACGUUUACUAGGAGAAAGCCUCAUGAGUUUGAGGGAGAUCUUAGCUUGAAGCAAUGGGUGAGUUGUUCACUCUCAGAGGCAGUAAUGGAUGUCAUAGAUGUCAACUUGGUAACACCAACGGCUAAUUACUUUAAGAAGGAGCUAGAAGUUGUGGCUUCAAUCAUGAAUGUGGCAUUAGAUUGUUGUGCUGAAUCUCCGGCAAGAAGGACAAACAUGAAAGAUGCUGUAGGGAUACUGCAGAAGAUCAAGAUUCAACUUCUCGCAUGUUGAGCAUGUUUUUGAAUCUGUUGUUUUGUUUUGUUUUAGCACUUGAUUUGUGCAUGAUUCUGUUUUCAGAAAUGCAAGAAUAUGGUUGCAAUAACUCUCACUGUUUCCUCUUAAUAUUAUUCUUUGCAAGGUGCUA